AUGGCUUACUACGGAGAGCAACAACAGCCUCCCUACUACGGCGGCGGCCCGCCACAGCAGCACCCUCCAUACGAACGACCUCCGUACGAUCGUCCUCCAUACGAUCGUCCUCCCUACGAAGGCGACCGUCCCCCUUAUGAGCAGCGCCCACCCUACGACCGUCCCCCCUACGACAGACCCCCAUCCGAUCGUCCUCCAUACGAACGGCCCCCAUACGAGGGUGAUCGACCCUCCUACGAUCGACCGCCCUAUGAUUCUCAACGCUCCUACGACUCUCGUCCUCCCUACAGCUCUCCUCCACCAUCGGCCCGUCCUCCCCCGGUGCCCCCUCCACCUCUCCCGCAGGGCUGGACUGAGGAAUGGGAGCCUAACGUCCGUCGGGGUUUCUUCGUGGAGACCGCCACCGGCCGCUCGCAGUGGGAAGUGCCCCUCGAAGACUCGACCGGCACGCGCGACAUGCCUCCUGGUGGUCCUCCUGGUCCCCCUAUCCCUGCCGGUCCUCCGGGCGGAUACUACGGUGGUCCUCCUCCGCCGCAGCAGGAGGGAGGAUACUACGGUGGUCCCCCUCCACCUCAGGAGGGGUACUACGAUGAGGAGGCCCGGAAGAAGUCCGAGAAGAAGAAGAUGAUGCUUGGUGCUGCGGCGGGCGCGGCUCUCGGUAUUGCAGGUGGUGCUCUUUUGGGGCACGAACUCACGAAAGAUUCGAGUUCCAGCUCGGACGAAGAGGAGGAGGAGGAACAGCACCAAUGUCACUCCCCUCCUGCCGAGGACUGGUGA